AUGUGCGCCCGCCCGCAGCAGAACGCGCUGCAGCCAGGAGGCCAGGAAUGCUCCUUAGUGAACACACAGCCAUUGGCCCUAGCUUCAGAUCUGUUUGGACAAGGCAGUGUAGGGGGUCCCGCCGGACACCCUCAGAGGCACCUAUGGCGACACCUGCGCGCCCGGUGGGCAGAGGGCUAUCCCGCGCCCGGAGCCCCCGCCGCCUCCCCUCCCAGCUCACACGCUCACACCCCCGUCCGCUCCGGGGCCGCCCGCCCGGAGCCCGGAGCCCGCCGUGCUCCCCCGCCCGCCGCGCGCCAGGGCGGAGUUUCCUCCUCUGCUCAUUGUUCACUGCCCAGCGCCGCCCCGCCCCGCCCGCGCGCUCCUGGAGGAGGGUACGGGGCGGGUGCCGGCGCGGACGGGACCGGAGUCGCCGCAGUCGCCGGCCUGGCCGCAGCCGCGCAGAUACCGCCGGUGACACAGCCGCCCGCCGCUCCUCUGCCGCCUGGCUCUGCGCCUCAGCCGGUUUCUGCUGCAGCGGCCUCGAGGAGGGGCAGCCGGAGCGCGACUCGGGAGUCCCGGGUCACCGCCCGGCCGCCGAAUCUACGGCCAGGCCUCCCCGAGAGGCGCCCACGCUCCCGCCGCCCGGCCGCCCGGCCCCUCAGCCAAGUCCGCAGCCACCUGCUCUGGGCCGGAGGCCAGGACACCAUGCGCUCCGCGCCGGUGCUCUCGGCGUUGCUGCUGCUGCUCCCGUCGCUCUGGCAAAAUGCCUUGUCCAGUGAUAAUGGAGAAGUAUCCCAAAGAGAUUCAGCAUCCAGUGAGGGUCUAACCAAAACCGAAGGAGAUAAAGUUUCAUCAUCCGUCGAAAAACCGCUGUAUUUAUCAGAGGCCAGUGGAAGCGUACCUGUAACAUCCAACACCUCAGUCCAGCAACAGACGACUACAACAGCUAGUGACAAAGCAGACUCAGACAACACUACUAAAUCCAAAACAACCACUGUCUCUAUGAAGCCUGAAAACAUAAGCAGCCAGAAUGGAAUUUCAAUUGACACAACUGGAUCUGGAACCCAGAGUAACCACAGUGUGACCACAAGCAGCAUGACCACUAAGGAAGGAACUCAGACAGCCUCUGAACCUCAAAAUCUAAGUAAACCCUCAGACACCACUACUGCUGUCACUUCCUUGACCACCCCUGCAAGCACUCCCCAGUCUAACAUGGUCCCUGUGCCUUCGAAGCCCUCAGGGAACUCCUCCGAGGGACCGAAGGAAAUUACUACAGCUGCUAGUUCAGGCCCAGUGGCGGGUCCCACCGUCACAACUCAGGGGAUGCUGACCACAUCAGUACCACAGGUUUCCUCACCCGGCACUCAGCACACCUCCAGCAACAUGCCAGCUGUCACUGGGAGCUCUGCGGCUCUGCAGCCUACAGGCUCUUCACUGGGACCUGCGACCUCAUCACCUGUCGCGGGACCCACAAGCUCCAACGCUCCGUUGAUGCCAACUGCCUCACAAGGCUCCAGCACCCCUUCCAUUGUCUCAGUAGUUUCAGUACGUGGGGCAAAGAUACAGUGCGAGUCUCCUGAAGCGCCAAAAGAGAAGAUGCUCAUCCUGAACCUCUCGACACCCAUUAGCUGUGAGGCAAGCCCUUUCAAUGAGAAAUUGGUCACACUUCUGUGCCAAGCGGCAAAUGCCACCUUCAGCCUAGUUCAAGAUGAGUGCUGUGUUCGGCUGGCACCUGUUAUAGACUUCCCAGGAGUGCAAAUCAAAGAAGUCACUAUUCGCAAAAGAUUCUCUCCCAAGGAUGUGUAUGAACUGCUGCACAAUAAAUGGGAUGCGCUAAAAGGGGUGGGAGUUACUAACAUGGCGUUGGGGGAUCGAGGACCACCAGAAGAGACUGAGGACCGGUUCAGCAUGCCCCUCAUCAUCACCAUUGUCUGCAUGGCAUCCUUCUUGCUUCUGGUUGCGGCCCUCUAUGGCUGCUGCCACCAGCGCCUCUCCCAGAGGAAGGACCAGCAACGACUAACAGAGGAGCUACAGACAGUGGAGAAUGGUUACCAUGACAAUCCAACAUUGGAAGUGAUGGAGACCUCAUCAGAGAUGCAGGAGAAAAAGGUCGUCAACCUUAAUGGGGAGCUGGGGGACAGCUGGAUCGUCCCUCUGGACAACCUGACCAAGGAUGACCUAGAUGAGGAGGAAGACACACACCUCUAAUCAGCCAGUGGGAUCAUGGCCACGGUGGCAGAGGCCAGACUGGAUUGUUACUCCUUUGCUGAUUCUGGGUCACAUUUCACCUGCCAGCUUUAGACAGACAUGAACUGUGUCUCUGCAAACCAAUCAAAGGCUGCAACCCCCAGGCCUCUCGGGGAGAGAGAGAAGACUGGCAAAGACAGAGAGUAAACACUGUGUUUGGUCCAGAGGAGUGACUGUGUCCCUGUCCAACGACAACCUUGAGAAGCUUUGGGCCAGUUCAGAGGUUCUUUUGGUAUAUCCGAAUUAUAUUGCUCUAGCCUUUUAGGGCACCUUGCCUUGGCUUGCUUUUGCCACUAGACAUCUGUGUCAAAGGCCACACAGCCACGUACCUGUCAAGGUCAUCUUCCCACAUCUUUACUGGGCUCUAAUACUGUCUGGCAGUUCACACUAGGGCUGAGAGGAGAGAAGAGGAACACCAUCAGGAACUCAGCAUGACUCAAACAGGUUGUGCCAAAGAGAGAUGAUAAAGUCUUUAUUCCAGUCCCUGAACUGCAUGAGAGGCCAGAAACCAUGAGCCUGAUGAUUGGACAAAAUCCAGCGGGAAGCACGCUGUCGUGAGUGGGGAGAGAUGCAGCUGUGAAGAGGGUACAGAAUAGUCUCUGCAUCAUAGGACAGGAUAUGGGUUUAAUCUGGUCUGGACACAAGAUUCUUCUUUCCCCUCUUGAUAAAGAAAGCUAGCAGAAAGUUUAUUUAAGCCACUUCAGGAGCUUUAUCUUUUUGACAAUAUACUGGAGAAACUUUGAAAAACACAUUCAUGCUGAAAUAUAUAUAUAUUUUGAUAAUGCAAAUACAACAGCCACAUGUUAAUCCACCCUGCACUUCUCUGAAUAUACUCUGGAGCAAGCUGAGAGAUGGUUUUUUUUUCCCUCUAAACAGGAAUGUAAAUGUCUGUUUUACUAGAAAUGACAAGUUUUUGUUUUUCUUUGUUGAAAAACGAAAUACAAGAAAGGCUGAUGAUCACAGAUAUUUUAAAUACAAUCCUCACCUCUCCCCAGUAAAGUCCCAUCACAUUACAGUAAGGGUUGGAGUCCAUAUGCAGUGGUUGGAAAGUGACACUCUAGUCGUAGGGAGAGGGUUUUAGAACCUAAUCUUUUUUUUUUUUUAACAGGAAAAGAACCUGAAGCCCAGAAAGAUACAGUGACUUGGCCAAAAUCACAUGUUUAGUGACAGAAACAGGAUUACAACCUGGGUUGGAAGACUGUCCAAAUGCUGUGUGCCUCAGGAAAAAUCAAGAAAUUAAGGACUGUUAAUGGAGGACAGGCACCAGAAUGACACAAAGGCCAGAAUUCCCUUCUCAGAUCUCCUGCAGCAAGGCUAGGGAGAGCAUGAAGCCAAGAAUAGGCACCCUACUGGUCUCCUACGCUUCUGAGUUAUUUAGGUCUAAGACUUAAAUGAACAAUUGUUUUCUACCAAGAAAUAGUUUUGAAUGAGCUUUUACCUAUAGAUUGUCUAUUAAUAGGACUAAGGAUCAAAGGGAACAAGACAGGAAGGCAGAGGGGAUGAGAGCAAAGCAGUGGCAUAUCUUUCAUCACUGCCAUUAGCUGAUUCACUCAGGUUUGGUGAAAACCCAAUACUGAGUGAAAGGAGGGGAUUAGUAUUUGCUGUGGGUCUUUUAAAAACUAGUGAAUGUUAAAGAAUUUGCCCAGGACACUGGGGAAGCAUGUGUGUUAGUGGACAGGGGUCUAAAGUACACUGGAAUUGAGAAACCUGUUUAUAAAGACUACUUAAUUGUUGACAUUUUCUUACAAAAAUAUAUUUUGUGAAAUUGUUUACUAUCAAUUAAAGUGCUUUUGUGUAA